CCCAAAAUCAAGGACAUUAUAGUAAAAUUUAUUACACCAAAUCCUACCACCAAAGAUUUCUCACCAUGUUUUUCACUUUCCAUUGGCUACACUAAAUUAAUUUUUUUUCUUUUUUCCUUUCUUUCUCUUUCCAACAACACAAUACAGCUAAAAGCAUCUCCACCACCCAAACCACAACAACAACAUUAACAGAGUAAUAAAAAGUGUUCUGUUUUUCAAACAGAGAUCUGAGAAAAGGGUCAAAGAAAGUUUAGUUUUUUUUGAAGAAAAAUUCUCAAAGAAGAGAAUUCAAGUAAAAAGCUAUGGAGUCAGAUCUUCAUCAGCAGCAACAACCACAGGCCAAUUCUUCAGGUUUAACUCGUUACCGAUCAGCACCAAGUUCAUAUUUCAACAACAUCAUUGACAAAGAAUUCUACGAGCAUGUUUUCAACCGACCUUCAAGUCCAGAAACAGAGCGAGUUUUUUCAAGGUUUAUGAACAGUUUGGGUUCAGAAGAAGAUUUACUCGCUCAGAAAAUUGCCGUUGAAUCGACAGUAAAAGAAGAGGAGAUUGUUAAUGUUAACAUUAACCAACAUCACCAACAACAAGAACAGGAACAGGAACGAGAACAAGAACACAUGGUUCAACAUAAUUAUGAACACUCUCAUGGUUUUUAUCAAACCUCAGUGAUGCCACCUUUGCCAAACCAGAAUGUUGUUUCUGGUUUGGAUGGAGGUUUUUCAAUGGGAGUUAAUAGGUUACAGCAGAUGAAGAGUCAUGGUGGGAAUAAUUCUAAUCUUAUUAGACAUAGUAGUUCACCAGCUGGAUUAUUUUCUCAAAUCAACAUUGAAAAUGGGUAUGUUAGUAUGAGAGGAAUGGGAAAUUUAGGAGCUGUUAAUAGUUCUAUGAAAGAUGCAAAAUUUUCUAGUGGAAGGAGUUUGAAGAAUUCAGCAAACUAUUCAUCUGGGAUAAUGUCAACAAUAGCUGAAGUUGGGGACAAAUGCAAUGAAGAAAAUAAUCAAGAAAGUGAAGUUUUUGGUGAAAGUCAUCAUGGCAGCGAUUAUAUCGCGGAUUAUCAGGUUGAUACUUGGGAUGAUACUGAAAUGAUGUCUGAAAAUGUUGGUGGUUUGAAAAGAUUUAGAGAUAGUGAUUCAAAACAACAAUUUUCUGCUGGUUUUAAUGCAGCUGCAGUUCAGAAUGAAACAGGAGGAGGACAUUCGUCUUCUCCAUUGGCUCAUCAGUUGAGUAUGCCAAAUACUUCAUCUGAAAUGGCAGCUAUUGAGAAGUUUCUGCAUUUCUCAGAUUCUGUUCCGAUGAAAAUUCGCGCUAAGCGAGGUUGUGCUACUCAUCCAAGAAGCAUAGCAGAAAGGGUUAGAAGGACUAAAAUUAGCGAACGUAUGAGGAAGCUACAAGAUCUCGUCCCAAACAUGGAUAAGCAAACAAAUACAGCAGAUAUGUUAGACUUGGCUGUGGAUUACAUCAAAGACCUUCAAAAGCAAGCUCAGAAGCUUCAAGAUUGUCAAGCAAAGUGUACUUGUUCACACAAGAAGCAACAAUAACAUCAAAGAAUGAAUGUAUUUCUUUCUUAGUCAAUGUAUAGAUUUGUAAUAAUUAAUUUGGUCACCAAGUUAAAAAAAAAAAGAAGCUAGCUAGAUUAGCUUUAAUUUGUUAAUGCAUUCACCCUUUGAUGUAUAUAAAGAAAAAUGAUAAAUGUUGUAGGGUGACAUUUUGUUGAAUGUUUAUGGAAGUAGAUGUUAUAGGUAGGGAAGAAAAAUGGGUUAUAAAAGUUGAGUGUUAAUUGGGGAAGCAUGUGUGUACAAAAAGUCUAUGUGUUAAGUAGACGUAAUUUGAGAAUUUAGGGUCCAUAUUUGGUGAUGAAA